UGAGCCUGUUGUAAAAAGCUAUUAGGAUGUGGCUAUGAUCCAUGGUUCAUGGAAACCCAUAGCAUCCUUCAAAGCCAGCUGGUCCUGGGAGAAUAUCCAGAGAAGGAAAAUCCAUGGACAACCUUGCAGAGACUGAAGUAGAGACUCCAGAGCCUCAGCUCAGUAAGUGACUGAUCCCCACCCUGUCGAUUCUUCUUUUGAGGGGAAGUUUGGGUAUAAAAAUGGAGGGAUUUCCUGAUGGGCGGCCAAUGAAGUCACAAUUCAGGAGAGCUGGGAGUUUCCCAGCACGUGAGACACUUCAGUUUAAGGCAGAAACCACUUCAGUGGCUUGUUCAUUUAGCAGCUGGAUCUCCAUUAUCCCAGCCUCAUGUGUGUCCCUGGAUGGCAACCAUAGAAGUUUAAAAAUAUAAAAAUCAAGUGCUAAGUGUCUCCUAGUGAUACCUUAACACACUCCUGUUCUCUCUCUCUCUCGCUCACACGCUGAGUCACGCUCGCUCAUUGGAAAACUCAUGGUUGGUGGACUUGAGGACAAACUAGGGACACUUGUGCCAUCAAUGGUGCCAGGACUGCAUCCCAGAGGUCUGGCUUGGCUUCUUCCAUUUGGCCACAUGCUUGAGGCCUGCGCGACGGUAGUGUUGACAGCACAAGCGCUUCCUGAAGGCAGAGCGCGCUCGGUCUCUGCUCCAGCAUCAUGGACAUUCCUCAAAUAUUUGAAUUGCUGACAAUGAAUUCAUGAGAUUUCCAAGGCCGUCUAUUAGGUGAAUGAGGCUUCUCUAGUGACGAUAGUGGAACUCAGAUGGACCUAAGGGAUGGAAGGAGGCUUCUAUCAGGUGUCCUGUUGUCUACCCAUUUGAGCUGCAGCUCUGGAGGUCAGGUCUCCUGUACGACAGUGGAAGAUCCUGCUGUGAUCUGUACAGAAACUAUAGCUGGGGGCUCUAGCCAUCCUGUUUCUUAUCUAUGCUGUGUCUACCUCCCCUCGAUAUACUCCCAGCCUUCUGUUGAAGCUUAAAGGACAGUCUUGUUGGGUUUUUUUCCCCAAGGGAGAUCUUUGCAGCAAGCAGCUAUUGGCAGUGGAAACUCAACUGAGCUCACAGAUUCCUUAGAUGUGCAAGUUAGUAGGUGUUACCCUGAUGCACCACCUCCUCCUACCUGUCUCCUGAAGUAAGAACCACAAGGAAAUGCUACGAAUUCCCAGUCUCCGAAGAUGGAAUAAUGCCCGAGGGGGAUAAAUUUGGUCCCGUUUUAUUUGCUAAUCUGCUCAGAAGAUUACGAAGGGAACUAUAGUGCUGAGGAAGGUGGGAAAAAUCCCGAAAGUUGAUCCAGAGCCAUUUCCUCCCUACUCCAGCAUAAAAAUGAUCAGCUCUCCCCGAGUGAGGCAGCACAUUGAGCAGCAAGUGGAUGUGCUUCAUAGCAGUAAGCUCUCCAGCAGUCACUCCCCCUGCAGCAGUAUGAAGGUCUCUUGCCUCUGCCUUAGCUUCCUCUUGGCUGUCUGUGGGUUGCAUUGGACACCAACCACUGCCAACAAAAUCUUCCAUUUCGGGUCGUGUGAGAUUUUGAUGAAUGUCAAUGAAAUCAGGACUGGCUUCACAGCAAUUAAAGCAAACAUUCAAGCCCGAGACACCGUCAGAACCACCAGCAUUUUGUCAUUCCCAUAUUCACUGCAUAGAGUUAAUUCUGAAGAUACAUGCUGCAUCAUUCACCACCUGCUGAAAUUCUACGUGGACAUGGUCUUCAAGCACUGUGAGACGGAGGAUUCGUGGGUCAACCGGAAAAUCAGCAGCAUAGCCAACUCUUUCCUCAGCAUCAAGAAGAACUUCAGGCAUUGUCAUCAACAAAGUCUGUGCAGAUGUGGAGAGGAAGCAACACAGAAAUAUAAACAAAUUCUUACCAAUUACAGCCAGCUGAAUGUCAAAAAUGCAGCGAUGAAAUCCCUAGGAGAGCUGGAUAUCCUGCUAGACUGGAUGGAGAAGCAAUCUCAGGAUAAAAACACCGACGUCAGAUUCUUACCCAAAUCAAAUUCUUUGCAGGACAUUGAGCCUGUGGACAGGUGUUGUUUCCUACGUCAUUUGAUGAGGUUUUACCUGGCAAAUGUUUUCAAACACUGUGAGGAAUCCAGUUUCCUUGUCAAGAGGAAAGUCAGCAGCAUAGCCAACAACUUUCUCCAUAUCAAGAGGGACUUGAGGCUCUGUAUGGACAUUCAGUCUGCAGCCAUCAAAGCUCUUGGGGAGCUGGAUAUUCUCUUGGACUGGAUGGAUAAGACUGAUUAGGUGAAGAUCUGUGUCCCUCAUCUGGUGGCCUAAUCCUGCAAGCAAUAGUCAGUCAACACUCCUAACUGAUACUGAGCAAACAAAGCGGACAGGAUGAGGCCCUACAUCAUUUAAUGUUUCUUGGAGGCCUGAAUUACAGCUUCCACCGGCGUCAGCAGGAAGGUUGAUUCGCGGGAACAGGAUUCGGUCUUUCAUCUUCUGAACCGAGACUGCCCUGCACCACAUUAGACCCCUGUGGGGUUGGGCCCAUAUAGCCUAUAGCCCUAGUCUAGCAAAGCACUUAAACAAAUGUAUAAUUUGAAGCAGAUGAAUAGUCCCAGGAGAGUCAUCUGUGCCCUAAUUAAGCAUUUGGCUGGAUUGGGGCUUGUGUAAUUAAAUCUCCAGUGCAAUUAAGCUGCACGACCUGGCCGUUGUUCUACCGAUGGCUCGCAUAUCUUAUUAUAGAGAAAUAUUGUCUUCAGUGAAGAACUUUCCAGAUAUUUCUUAUUAUUUAUAACUUGCUAUUUUUAUUCAUCGUUUCCAUUAUUAUCUG